AUGGCCGUCCUGCAGGACGCGCGCGGGCAGAAAGCCCUGGGGCCGCUGAAGCCACCGGGACGAGGGGAGUCCCCGCGGUACGGAGAGGGGGGCAAGCUCAUCUAUGAGCUCCGGGACCAGGGCGGGGAGCUGCUGGCGCUGCGCUACGACCUCACCGUGCCCUUCGCUCGCUACUUAGCGAUGAACAAAAUCACCACCAUGAAGCGCUAUCACAUCGCCAAGGUCUACAGGAGGGACAGCCCGGCCACAAGCCGGGGCCGCUACAGGGAGUUCUACCAGUGCGACUUUGACAUUGCUGGCCACUUUGACCCAAUGAUUCCUGAUGCUGAAUGCCUGAAAAUAGUGCAUGAGAUCCUGAGCGAACUGAGGCUUGGGGACUUUCUCAUUAAGGUCAAUGACCGACGCAUUUUGCAUGGCGUCUUUGCCGUCUGCGGCGUCCCCGAGAGCAAGUUCAUAUCUACGUGCUCUUCCGUGGACAAACUGGACAAGAUGCCGUGGGAGGACGUGAGGAGCGAGAUGGUGGGGGAGAAGGGGCUCUCUCCCGAGGCUGCAGAUCGCAUCGGGGAAUACGUGCGGCUCCACGGUGGCCUGAAGCUGAUCGAGCAGCUCCUGCAGGACCCCAAGCUGUCUCAGAACAAGCUCGCCAAGGAGGGGCUGGGGGACAUGAAGCUGCUCUUUGAGUACCUGACACUCUUUGGCAUCACAGGGAAGAUCUGCUUUGACCUGAGCCUGGCGCGAGGCCUGGACUAUUACACAGGGGUGAUCUUUGAGGCUGUCCUGGUGCAGCAGGAGAACGACCACGUGGAGGAGCCAGUCAGCGUCGGGAGCGUAGCCGGAGGUGGCCGCUACGAUGGGCUGGUGGGGAUGUUUGAUCCCAAGGGGCGGAAGGUGCCCUGUGUGGGAGUCAGCAUUGGGAUCGAGCGCAUCUUCUCCAUCAUGGAGCGAAGGGUGAAGGCCUCCGGGGAGAAGGUUCGUGCGACCGAGACGCAAGUGCUGGUGGCUACGCCGCAGAAACACUUACUUGGGGCGAGACUGAAGCUCAUCUCCGAGCUAUGGGAUGCAGGCAUCAAGGCAGAGAUGCUCUACAGGAAGGACCCUAAACUGCUGAAACAGCUGCACUACUGUGAGGACACAGGGAUUCCCCUUGUAGCCAUCAUAGGAGAGCAAGAGUUGACAGAUGGAGUUGUCAAACUGCGGGUUGUCACAACAAGAGAAGAGGUUAAUAUCCCCCGAGAGAAGCUCGCGGAUGAAAUCAGGAGGAGGCUGGAGCCCUGCAGCACUGCUGCACGCCGGGAGCUGCUAGCCCGGCCAAGGCGGCGCUGA